CCACCUGGUUUGAAAUAACAAUGUGGAGAAGUAGGACUUUACAAUUUUCUAUAUUGCUUUAAUCUUUAAUUUCUUUCCUAUAAGUGACUAAAAAAAUAAUCGAAGAGAAAGGUAUUAUAUACUUGUACUAUUAAGUUAUAUUUAAAAGAAGCUUAUAUGCUAAAUAUUGCAUAGAGUUUCAAUAAUACUUCUUUAUCUUUGUAUAUUUGACGUUCAAAAAUUCACCUCCCCACUCUCAACGCAAAUAAAGCAGCUCGAUCGUUCAUCAGCAACCAAAACCUACAGCUAAUCCCAAAUCUUUAAGCUACUUACACAGCAGCCAUGUCUUUUGCAACAAGAAUGUGGGCACGCUCCUUUACCAAUUCAGCCCGCUUAACAAACAAUAUGCGCCCUUCAGUAUUUCAACAGUUGAGGCCUUUGAGGGCAUUUAAACCAGUUCGCACUAUGGCUACAGCCGCCCAGCAAACUGUUGGUGAUAUCCCUAGAACAACCAUUACAGAAGACACAAGCGCCCAAGCUUUUGGUGAAAUCGACGAAGAAGAAAGCAGAAUGCGUAACUUCACCGUCAAUUUUGGUCCUCAACAUCCUGCAGCACAUGGUGUACUCCGUCUGAUCUUAGAAUUAAAUGGUGAAGAAAUUGUUCGUGCGGAUCCUCAUAUAGGUUUAUUGCACAGAGGCACCGAAAAGUUAAUUGAAUACAAGACGUAUUUGCAAGCUUUACCUUACUUCGAUCGUCUUGAUUACGUUUCCAUCAUGACCAACGAACAAGCAUAUUCAUUAGCUGUCGAAAAACUAUUAAAUAUUGAAGUACCAGAACGCGCCAAGUACAUCCGUACAAUGUUUGGCGAAAUUACUCGUAUCUUGAAUCAUAUUAUGGCCGUUAUGUCACACGCUAUGGAUGUGGGUGCUUUGACCCCACUUUUGUGGAUGUUUGAAGAACGUGAAAAGUUGAUGGAAUUCUAUGAGCGCGUGUCUGGUGCCCGUCUCCAUGCCAACUAUGUCCGUCCUGGCGGUGUGGCAUUUGAUAUACCUUUCGGUUUAUUAGAGGACAUUCACGAUUGGUCGACACAGUUUGGCGACCGUGUUGAUGAAAUCGAAGAAUUACUGACUGGUAACCGUAUUUGGCAAAUUCGUACACGUAAUGUAGGUAUCGUCACAGCUAAAGAAGCUCAAGACUGGGGUUUCUCUGGAGUCCUCGUCCGUGGCUCAGGUAUUCCUUGGGAUCUUCGUAAAACACAACCUUACGAUGCUUAUGAUAAAGUAGAGUUUGAUGUUCCUAUUGGUCAAAACGGGGAUUGUUUUGAUCGCUACCUUUGUCGUAUGGAAGAAAUGCGUCAAUCUCUCCGUAUUAUUCAUCAAUGUGUUAAUAAAAUUCCCGAAGGUCCUGUCAAAACAGAUGACUGGAAGGUCACACCACCUCCUCGUGCUGCUAUGAAGGAAAACAUGGAAGCUUUGAUUCAUCAUUUCAAGAUCUACUCUGAAGGUUUCUCUGUGCCUGCUGGAGAAACUUACACAGUCAUUGAAGCUCCAAAGGGUGAAUUUGGUGUUUUCUUAGUCUCAGAUGGCUCAAAUAGACCUUACAGAUGCAAGAUCAGAGCUCCUGGUUUUUCACAUUUACAAGGUUCAGACUUCAUGGCUCGUGGACAUCUCCUACCAGAUAUGGUCACAAUCAUUGGUACAAUGGAUAUCGUUUUUGGUGAGGUAGAUCGCUAAAGAAAAAAAAUAACAAUAAAAAAUAGAGAGCUCGAUUUGGUAUUUCAGGUUACUUUCGGUAUUGUUCACUACUCAAUUGGGCAGACAGGUUGUCACUAUCCCUCCACAAACAUAAUGAUGUUAAUUCUAUUCAAAUAAACAUUUAAGCCAUAUAUCUUAAUAGUACAUAGCAAAUAUACACAUGGCCUGUAUUCUAUCUGUAUUAAAACAAACCACAAAACCUACGUAUAAAUUCACUUUGUUGUUUUGCUACGCUGCUGCUGAAAGCAAUGUGACAUAUGAAGAUACGUAAAUGUCACAGACAGUAGAUGAUAAAAAUGCAAAUCCCUCAUACAGAAAGAAGGUGUUGAAACACUCCUAGUGUUCAUUUUCCCUUUGUAAAAUAAACUAUAAAAAUUUACUACUGCUGCCGC